CCUCCUCCCCAAACCAAGGAGAUCAGUAGUGAUGUCACUGCUCAACCGAGCAUUAUUCGCUUGGCAGCUGAGCAAACCCAGGCACAGAAAAGCAGAAUCUAACUAGAGCAGCCCAGCAAUGCCUUUCCUAUCAGGAGGUAAAAAGGAGAAAGUGAAGGCUGACAUUCUCUCCCUGGAAAUCCUGGACAAAAGACUACCCGGGACAGUAUGUUCUUGUGUUAUCAGUUUAGACUGAUAACACAAGAGGUCUCCCCUCAUCACUAGCAUCUAUCUGGAAGAAAACUGAAAGGUUAAAUAAUGAAAAAUUGGUCCAAAUAACCUGCUGGAGGACAACUGGCAAACAAAGACCAUGAUGAACACGACUUGCGCAGAAAAGGAGGUUGACAUUAUUUCCACUCAGUUACCUGAUGGAAACCACGGGAUUUUUACACUGAGAAAUUGAUGAGCACCAGCACUUAUCCUCUCAAGAUUUUUUUCUUGGAAAAAAGAAACAUCAACGGUUGUUUUUUCUGAAGCUAAAUUCUUGGAAGAAGAUCAAUAGCACAAUGGGAGUAACUGUACAAAAUAUAACCGGAAGCACUGCCCUAGUUAUCUGGCCCAAAAUGGCUGGCUGCGUAGAUAGCUUCUACAGUAUAAUGUACAAUCCAAACUGGGACAAGAUGCUAUCAGGAUACACCAGAAAACACUUCCAGAAAGAAGAGAGAGUGCCCGCUAGCCGUUCUUCGUUUCUCAUUGAGAACUUGAUCCCAUUAACAACGUACAUCCUGUGUGUAACAUGCCAGUCGGCAAACCCAUCCAGUGACCAGUGCCGAAUUUUUAACACACCAGAGCAAGAUCCAGCCUCCAAAAGCAACAAAAAGAAAGACAUAGCAGUGGGCAUCUGGCUAACCAGCACCGUUUUGCUUCUCAUCAUUGUCGGCAUCCUUGUAUACAGCUGCUUGCACAUAUGGUGGCGCAAGAAAAGAGAGAGUUCAGAGAGGCAGAGUAUUAGUCCAGAUGAUAAAGGAGAGACGUGGUCAAAAAAUGAACUGUACAAUUCACAAGAUUUCAACAAGGAAAGCCAAUAUGUUCAAGGUGUUGAGGUUCAAAGCACUAAUAGUGUUCAAUUAGCUACUGUUAUUGCAAAUCCUUUAACAUCGAAAAAGCCCAUCAUGCUGAGCUCCAAAAGUCAAGACUUUGUGCCCAUGUCGCUAUGCCAAUCUGAUAUACGGUAGGUGUCUUUAAUUGAGACGAGCGACUGUUCCUUGAAAAAGAAACAUUACUAAGAUAUCCUAACACAUUACCAAAUCACAUCUUCUAGCACAUCAAAGGAAACUAUCAUAUCUGCAUUCCGUUGGAGGAGAAAUACUGCAUAAGAGGGAAAAUGUGGUUUUUCAAAACAAAGAAAAAAAGCAACAACUGAGUUUCAGGAAGUUUCUCUAAAACUCUGGGACAAUUAACAGAAUUUUUGAUUGUAUUUCUUUGGCUUCCACAUUAAAACAACUUGUUCUUGCCUAGGUUUGAAAAGUGGUUUGCCAUAAAUGAAAGGAUUGGGCAGCCAUUGAGUAACAAACAUUGAUUUCAAAGUUCCCUGAAAGCAUGAAACUGCGUUUAUGUUUCUUUAGAUCUUAGCCUGCGUUUGUAAUUUGGAACACAAACCUGCUGAAAGAGGAAAAACUGGAAAUGGAUGCUGUUCAACCAUCUCAAACUUGUACUAUAUACCAAUUGAGAAGAAAGGUAAAUGGGACCUAAAAAGCAGGAGAGACUCAUAGGACAUUUUACCCUGCUUUCUGACAAUGUGCAUCUUCUAACAUGAAGUUUGUCCAUCAGUUUCAUUCUCUUGAUGCUAUAGUUGCUAGUGAUACCAUUUUAAACGUUAUAACAUCUUGACUAAAAUGUGUUAGCUAAAUUUCCGAUGUUAUGUAUGUCUUUUAUUAAUAACCGUGAAAUACGUAAUUUGAAUAGUUCAAGUUCAUAGUCUUUUGCCAGUAUAAGGAAAACUGUACAGUUUAAAUACAUGACCACUGAAACGAUUUUUAGCUUUUUCACUUGAAACCCAACUAUCUAACUGUCUUCUAGCUUGCCCUGAUAAUAUACUGCCUGAAACAAAUUGGAGACUGAAUAUCCCUUAUCCAAAAAACUUGGGACCAGAUGUGUUUUGAAUUUCAUCUUGUUUUUUGGCUGAUGGAAUAUGUGAGGAGAUAUCUUGGCAAUGGGGCCCAUGUCUAAACACAAAAAUCCUUUCUGUUUCAAAUCCUUAUACAUAUAGCCUGAAGGUUAUUUUAUACAAUUUUUAUUUAAUGUUGCACAUGAAACAAAGUGUGUGCAUAAUGAACAAUCAAAAAACAAAGAUGUCUAUAUCCCUGCCAUCUUUGUAGAUAAUUCUGGAUUGUAGAGUAGUUAGGAUUUUGGAUGCUCAACCUGAAUGGAUUUAAUAUUUAUUUUAUAUAGCAUCAUGCAUGCUAUCUGUGGCUCAUUCCAGUUUUUUUUAAAGCAGAUUUACAAAACAUAAGGAUUAAUUCAGGUGCCAAACAGGGUAGCUUUGUGCCAAACUAAUGCUGAUCUGAUUUUUUUUUUUUGGUGGAACCAUUCAUUCACUAAGCAUUUUAAAUAUUUUAACCUCACUGGCUGAAGGGGGACAAUUUUUUGAUGCAGGCAGGGAUUCAUGUGCCCCACUUCUACACCAAAACCAAAGCAGACAAGAGCAUAUUACCCAUUUUUGUGGACUGGUGCCAUGUGUUUUUAUUGUUCAGUGUUUUCAAAAACCCACUACUUGACAUAAAAUGUGAAUGAAGUUUAAAAAAAAAAGAAAAAAAAAGAAAAAUGCUGAAUGUUUAUUUAGGCUUCUAGUUCUGAGUUACUGCUUAUUGCCACAAUAUCCCUGUCUUUAAUGCUAUUUGUUGUUACAAUUUUAAAGUAUAAUUUCAAGUUCUGGACUGAAUGCAAGCUAUGUUUGUGCAAACAAUUUGCCCUAUUUUACUAUCCCUAUUUGGGCAUUUUAUUGCACCAACAAUUAAAACUGUGGGAGGGAACGUGAGGAUGAGUUAAUUAGUUCUGCUUCCAUCCACCUCCAUAUCUUGGAGGAUGAAUGUCAACAACAGGGGAAACUCCUCUACUCAUAGUUUCCCCUAUAAAAAGAUUUUAAACCUCAAUACUUCUAGGAUUCUAAAUAGCACUUUGAACAUGUAUGGUUUGGAACUGUUACUGACUUUUGUUGUGUGCCUUCAAGUCAUUUCUGGCUUAUGGCUAUCCUAAUGUGAAUCUUUCACAAGGUUUUCUUGGCAAGAUGUGUUCAGGGGAAGUUUGCUUUUGCCUUCCUGUAAGGCUGUGAAAGUGUGAUUUGCUAAGGUCACCCAGUAGAUGUCCAUGGAAGUCUGUGGAUUCAGAGCCUGGUUUCCAGAGUCCUAGUCCAAAGUUCAAUCCACUACUCUACAAAUCACCUACAAAUCAGUGGUCAGUGGUCAUACUAGCUGAGGAGUUUGGAAAUUUAACAAAAAAGGUUAAAUUUCCAACUACAGGCUCUAAAUCACAUAUAGACAUUAACACUUCAAUUUACAGAUGGCAAUGGGGAUGAUGACGAAGAGAGUAAUAUAGAAGUCAGAACUAGCCUCCUUAUCCCAGCUAACCCCAUAAGAUCCCGCAGCACUAAAUAUAGUUUUCAUGAUCUAGGAAGGGAGAGAAGGAACAGAAGAGAUAGAGCAUCACAAAGCUUAUUCUUAUGAAUCAAGCAAGGUUUGACUGUUUUCUCUAAAUGGGACAAAAAUAUCUCUAAGGGGGCAUUUACCUUUACAUUUAUUGCAAUUUGAUGCCACUUUAACUGUUAUGGCUGAAUACUAUGGAAUCAUGGGAAUUGCGGUUCACAAGGUCUUUAGGCUUCUCUGCCAAAGAGUACUGGAGUCUCACAAAACUACAACUCUCAGAUUUUAAUAGCAUGGUGCCAUGGCAGUUAAGUUGUGUCAAACUGUAUUAAAUUUACAGUGUAGAUGCACCUUAAGCCAACCCUUGCAAGUUAUUUGCUCCCUCUUCACCCAUACAAACACACAGUACUACUUAUAUUGUACAAAUAUGCUUAUAGUGGAAGACAUUAAAACAAUACAGAAGAUGGUCCUUUAGCUAUGUAUUUUAACUACAUUGCAGUCCACCACAAGACAUGAGUAAAGGCAGAUAUUUUUAUUAUUAUUGGAAUAUCGUCGUCAUUAUGAAUUGAGAGUUUUAAGAACUCUUGACUAUUGAGUACAAUUUUGGGAAUAGCUUUCACAUGCAAAAACAAAUAAGGAAUAUUAACCUUUGAUCCAUGAAGAUAUUGGGGUUGUGCAUUCGGCUGUUUAUCUCUCUGGAAUUCCUGGGAAAAUGGCAACACAGUUCGAACAAACCUAUACAAAUCAAACAAGGUAUCACAGCAAGUUACAUUUGUACUACUAUUAUAUCAUUUAUUAUCAAAUGACUCUAAAUGACAUUUUGUACAAUAAGCUUUCAGUUUAUCCCACAACGUAAAAUUGAUAAUAAGACAAAGUAAUUGUUUACAUCUGGGAUGGCCAAUGGGUUGCAUAUCAGAAAAAGAGCCUCUGUAUUCUCUUCUUGGGAGACAAUUUCAUUAUUUCACAAUUUGUCCCACCAAGAUGUUCCCCCCCCUCUCUCUCACACAACCCCCCCCCCCAAAAAAAAACCCUGGGAAUUGGGGCACAAUACUCUAAAUCUGGAUAGGAAAAGGAUGCCUCAUAAGACUGAUGCCACCUCCAGAGCUAUUUUGUAACAAAAAUCCCAGGGAUAUUUUUUCAAAUGUUUUUCAAUAACUUCCCCCCUAAAUGUUCCCAUGAAGGUGUGGGGAGUAUUCUGAUACAUUCCGAUGCCCUUCUAAACCAAUUCCGUUCUUUAAAAUAAUAAAAAAGGGAUCUAAAAUGACACUGGGUCUAUAAAAUGCUGAAAAUGCUCCAUGCACUCCCUAGGGCAGUGUUUCCCUACUUUUUUUGACCAGGGACCACUUUGACCAGGGAUCACUCUCCAAAAGGGUUACGAAUCAGUUUUUGGUCAACUUUAGAUUCGGUUUGGUUAUUUGGGGUGCUGAUUCAGAAAAUUGCAUUGGAUAGACUAUAUCAGCUCUAGUUUUUGAUAUAAAACAUAUGCCAUCCAGUAGUUGCCAUUUGCUCGCCCACAGAAAACCAUAUUCAAUAAUCUAGAGCUGCAGACCUUAUUAUAGGAAUAUUUCGGGGCAUCAGGGGCAAUUCGUUUCAGGGGCAGGCAGUGCCGCACCCCAAAAUCUCCUGGGAGAUUAAUGCAGUGCCUCAUUCUUCCACAGUUGUCCUCCCUGGCUCUAGGACAUUGUAAGCAUUGCAAAUGAUGUAAUAAUAAUAACAACACUUUAUUUAUAUUCCGUUCUAUCUCAGAGCGGAUUACAACAUACACAGAUAGGAAAUCUUCAAUGCCUUUAAUACAGUGAAAUAACAAUGACACACAAAUACACAGAACAAAGGUAAAGGCUUCCCCUUUCAUCUCUGGCUUCUGGAGGCAGCGCUCAACUCUGGCCAUGGGGAGGUGCUCUUUUUCUAUUUCCAAGCCGAGGAGCCUGUUGUCUGUAGACACCUGGUUGUGUCGCCGGUAUGGCUGCAUGAACAACCAAACAGAGUGGAAAUUUAUGAAAAAACUGUGGAGGUUCUGGAGCUGGAGGUCACAAAACUGAUGAAUUUCAUGUAUUUUCAGGUAAAUGGAUACUUGGUUCCUAGAAUAUUUUUCUCCAUUUAAUGUUACUCCAUCUCUAGCCCUCAUCCAUAUCUAUUUCUUUUAUAGGUUUGAGGUUUUUUUUAAUGGAUAAAAACGGUAAAGGUUUCCCCUGACAUUAAGUCUAGUUGUAUCCAACUCAUCUCCAUUUCUAAACUGAAGAGCCAGCGUUGUCCGUAGACACCUCCUAGGUUAUGUCAAUGGCCUGACUGCAUGGAGCGAUGUUAUCUUCCCACAGAAACAGUAUCUACUGAUCUACUCACAUUUGCAUGUUUCAAACUGCUAGGUUGGUAGGAGCUAGCACUAACAAUGGGAGCUCAUCCUGACCCAUGGCUUUGGAUCACCAAGCUUUAUCAGUAAAUAUUUUAUUUUAUACCUAUAAUAUAUACUCCUAUAUCUGGGGUCACAUUAAAAAUUCAGAUGGAAAGGGGUUGCAAAUGGGAAAAGAUUACAAAGCCCUGCUCUAGAGGAUACAAUAAGUUUGGGGUUUUUUU